AUGAGUGUCGCAGGUCUGACUGACGGGGACUCGUCUUGCACAUAUGCGAGCAAGCCCAAGAGAGCGAAAUCACUCAGGCAAUUGACUACACAUCUGUCGACAACCAUGGCUGCAAGUGCGUCGACUCUUCCAAGAACUGCCCAUGAAAUUCUCGGCAUCAUGAAGGCGCUGAAGCUCGAUGACGUUGCAAGGCACUUCGACAAAGAUGACGAUGACAUCGACCCCUACGUCGUUUGCGAAGGAGUCUCUGUCGAUGCAUUCAAUGCGUAUGUUGGAGAUGGCGAAGGACUACGGGUUGCACUUCGAUUUCUCGACCUCAGUGGUGAUGAACGCAUCUUCAUUGUCGAGCUCCCAACAAGAGUGCAUGAGAGCACAUCAGAAAAAUUCAAGACCAAAUUUCUUAGUGCGUCAGGAAAUGAAGGCGAAGUUGCACAAGACCGACCAACAACGAGUGGGAAAUUUCGACGACGCAACGGCCCAAAUCCACCUGCUGUCGAUGUUAUGUUCGACAUGCACCGCAUCUUGUCGAUCCCUGCGCACCAAGCUCUCCCUGGCGGAGUGAACCCAGUCAUUGUUGUCAACCUGCGCACCGUCAUGGAUCAAGUCAUCGAUUGCCUUUGUUAA